GCAGUAAGAAGGCGGGUAUGGUCAGAGGAAAAGGGGGUUGGCGGUUGGCAGUUUGGGGGGAGGGGGGGGGAAGAAGGGCGUAGAUGAGAGAUAUAACGCGAGUACGAAAAAUGGAUAGAGAAAACACUAUUAGACGGAUAUAGCCACGAGAAAUAGAGCCCGCAAUUUGACCUAUCAGAAAAAAUGCCGAAUCUCGUCUCGUCUCAUCUCCCUAGCAAUCCCUAACGAGGGAGAGGGAUAAGAGCGGAAAGACAGAGGGGAGGGGAUGGGUGAAAAGAGAAACUCGACAUGAACAGCUCAUUUUGCAUGUUUGCAUCAUGCCCAACGCCUACGCGCACGCAUACAUACACACGCGCACACGUAGGUAUGUGUGCACAUCCAUACAACCAUACAUACAUACGUCCGUACCUGUACAUGCCUGACAUCGCCCACGCUGUCUCACCACUACACGCUGCAUACGCAAGGUGCCAGCUACUCAUAUGUAGGAUCGGCCGCGGCGGUAGCACUUGGGCACUACGUAGUAUGCCUAGCCUAGGUUGCGGCAGGUCAGGUCAGGCCAGCAGAUCAGGUCAGUCUGCACGAUAUAGCGCCGUAUUCUCUGCAUGCAUGCUGCCGCUCCCUUUCCUCGGCAGAUGGGACCAGAUGCCGAGUGAGGACCUCGAUGUAGGCCAGAGCCUUCUCGUCUCGUCUCGCGAUGUAGGCAGACGCGUAUCCAUAUCUGCUUCUUUGUUUGUCGUGUGUUUGCGUGCGUUGUGCCUGUGCGCUCGUACGAGUGUAUACGGACGCAUCUAUGCACCCCGGGAUAUAUUUUUCUGCCCUUCAUACCUCGGUGCCAUGCGACGCAUGAGAGGGAUGGGGGAAGGAGAGGGAUGGGGGGGGGGGGAACCACCCCAUUCCAUGGCAUCCCAUCCAGCUGGCACCGCCGGCCUCCCGGCUAGCUGGCUAGCUAUGUCGAUAGCCGAGCUAGCAAGGACUAAACCGAAAAACUCCCUCCCCAAUAAGACCCAGCAAAGCAUCCACGGCAGACUGAAGGGAAGAGAAGGGGAAGAGAAAAAAGAAACGGCUGUUGGCUUGGCGAAACCACGAUGUCGUCUUACCUUACCGACAUUCUGGGUAAAGGAGACCCGAGUACGGCUAAACCUCCGGGGUCCAGCGGGCGUGCGCACCCUUGCGCCCCUCUUCCCCUUCCCCCUGGGCUUAUACAUAUACAUAUAUAGACAUGUUUAUGUAUGCCUACUGAUUUCCCAGCAGCUGCAGGUGUGGACAACGUGUAGGAACGUUUCCGCCCGAAUGGUAAGGCACCCUCGCCUCACUUCUGCAUGAUACUUGCCGGGCCCGAGAGGGGGGCCAGCAAGGAGAGGCUGGCGGCUUUCGUCGCGUUGUUUGGCUGUGGUCCCGCACGCUGGGGAAUUGUGAAGAGAGAAAGGGAUAACUAGCAUAUUUCUU